GACAGUCAGUACUGACUACUGACACUGACAGUACGGUUUUCUUGUGGUUUUCUUUUUGAUUUUCAUUCAUAACCAAAACUAAACCAUUUUAGCCUGAGCUAGGUAAAAUUAAAUCGUUUUAAAAGAACCGUGAUACUAGAACAGUGAUUAGUUACUUAUUGCUAUGAUUAGUAAAAAACCUACUCAUUUCAAAUAGAUUUCAGAAUGGCAAGCAAAAUAUUUCAAACGCUAGUUUCAAGGUCCAAGGCCAGUAGAUCGUUAUCUGCUAUUCAGCUCAUUGCCACCAACAAAUUACAUACAUCUCAGGUGCCUGUUAAAGAAAUUCAAAUACCAACUCAAUGGGGACAUGUGGCUGCAAAAUUAUGGGGAAAUGAAAACCAAAGACCUAUACUAGCUCUUCAUGGCUGGCAAGAUAAUGCAGGCACUUGGGAUCCUAUUGCACCAAUGCUAGCCCAAGGCUGCUCAUUACUAGCCAUUGACUUCCCUGGUCAUGGACUGUCAUCUUGGUACCCUCCUGGUAUGCAUUAUUAUCCAUGGGAGCUACCUCGGUUAAUCCUCCACUUGAAAGAAUACUUUCAAUGGGAUAAAUUGUCCCUUCUUUGUCAUUCAAUGGGAUCCAUAGCUGGGCUACGAUUUGCUAGUUUGUUUCCAGAUGAUGUGGACACCUACAUAGCUAUUGACAGCCUUAUUUAUGAUGAUUAUGAUCUGAAUUUCGUUGUUGGGAAAUAUCAAACAAAUUUGCAAAAAUUACAAAUUCAACAAAAACGCCAACACUUGGAACCUCCGUCUUAUUCAAUGGAGGAAAUUACAAAACUCUGGCAUUUGGGAACCAACAAAUCUGUAGAUCUGGACAGUGUACAGCAUCUCCUCAAGCGUGGCGCCCUGCCAUCUAAGAAGGAUCCCCAAAAAUUUUAUGUCAGUCGGGACGCUCGACUAAAAUAUACAUUGUUUACUGCAGAAGACAAAAAGUUUGUAGAGAAUCUUGUCCUUAGGCUGAAAUGCCCGACUUUGUAUGUAAAAGCUAUUGACUCGCCUUAUGCAUCAGAUGAGUAUUCUGUAACAUUGCGAGAAAUCAUUGCUAAAAAUAAUGACACGUUUGAGCUUCAAUUUGUACCUGGCACUCAUCAUGUGCAUUUAAAUAACCCUGAAAAGGUAGCCAACCUUGUAAUACCUUUCCUUCAAAAACAUGGAUUAUUUAGUGAAGAACUAACCAAACAAAACAAUUAAUGUUAAUUUAUGAACAGAUACCUAACUACCUAAUUAAAUUCAAAUUAUAAUAGUCAAUACGUAUUUACUUACUGCUUUUUAGUAAUCAGCAUUUGUACCUGUGAUAGCAAUGUAUUUAUUAAACCAAAAACUGUAAAAACGAAGAUAAAAUCUUUGUAAAGGUUCAAUAGGGGAAUGAAAACUAUUUGUGCAUUUUGUAAUAAAUUGACGAUAUUCUGAAUCUUUUCAUUCCUCUACUUUACCAAACUGGUUUCUAUUUAUAUUUUAUUUACUUCAUUAUUUUUACAAUUUUUAUAAGUUGUUUUGGUUUGGAAAAAAUGUAUGACUGUGAGUUACCUAACAAUUUGUAAUAAAUAUUAAAUAAAA